UCUGGAAAGAGAAUGAAAUAAAUAUGGAGUCAUCAAAACUGGAAUAUAUUUCAUGGGUCACAGUUAAAAGUAAAAAGAAGAUGGAACGAAAUGAGAGAACAGGAGUAUAGCGCCUGUCAAGAACUUUCCAUUUUUGUGAUAUAUAUAUAAACUUGCUAUAUAGUACAACUAAUGAUUUAUAGCAAUGAUUUAUUGAUAGCCCUGGAAGAAGUCAGUUACUGUGCAACUUGCUUCAUAAGAACUUUUAUUCUAAUAACUUUUAAUAUGUUUUAACCUUAAUUGGACACCUUUUUUUUUUUUUUUUCUUAAAGUCUGGGAGUUUAAAACUUUGUAUAGCUGUAUUUUAACUGAGAAGCUGAUCCUGAUACAUGGCCGAAACCUGCUCAUGGAAAACGGACUUAAAUCCAUGAAUGGUUACUAUUGCACAGAGUUGAAUGGAAUACUGUGGCUUUAGAGCAAUUUUCUUAGAACCUUCUUCUUUGCCUUGGAUCCAUCAUAUCCUUAAAUAUUUAAGCAUAAAUAUUGCAGUUAUAAAGUCUAUAAAAUAAUGGCAUGGGUGAAAUUCUUAAGAAAACCUGGGGGUAACCUUGGAAAAGUUUAUCAGCCUGGAAGUAUCCUGUCCCUGGCCCCUACAAAAGGCUUAUUAAAUGAACCGGGACAAAACAGCUGCUUUCUUAAUAGUGCUGUUCAGGUAUUGUGGCAACUUGACAUAUUUCGACGAAGUUUAAGAGGUUUAACUGGACAUGUGUGUCAGGGAGAUGCGUGCAUAUUUUGUGCUUUAAAGGCAAUAUUUUCACAAUUUCAACACAGCCGAGAAAAAGCACUGCCAUCAGAUAAUAUGAGACAUGCCCUGGCAGAAAGUUUUAAGGAUGAACAGCGUUUCCAGCUUGGAUUCAUGGAUGAUGCAGCAGAAUGCUUCGAAAAUAUCCUUGAGAGGAUUCAUUUUCACCUCGUGCCAAAUAGUGAAACAGAUAUGUGCACUUCAAAAUCCUGUAUUUCUCAUCAGAAGUUUGCUAUGACACUGUAUGAACAGUGUGUGUGUCGCAGUUGUGGAGCAUCAUCAGACCCAUUGCCUUUUACGGAAUUUGUGCGUUAUAUUUCUACCACAGCCCUGUGUAAUGAAGUAGAAAGAAUGAUGGAGAGGCAUGAACGUAUCAAGCCAGAAAUGUUUGCAGAAUUGCUGCAGGCAGCAAACACUACUGAUGACUACAGAAAGUGUCCUAGUAACUGUGGUCAAAAAAUAAAAAUUCGUCGUGUCCUUAUGAAUUGUCCAGAGAUCGUCACAAUCGGUUUAGUCUGGGAUUCAGAACACUCUGACCUGACAGAAGAGGUUAUGCGGAAUCUGGCAACACAACUUUAUCUUCCUGGGCUGUUUUAUAGGGUUACAGAUGAAAAUGCCAAAAAUAGUGAACUCUUCCUUGUGGGUAUGAUUUGCUACACAAGCCGACAUUACUGUGCCUUUGCCUUUCACACCAAGAGUUGCAAAUGGGUGCUGUUUGAUGAUGCUAAUGUAAAGGAGAUCGGAACAAAAUGGAAAGAUGUGGUCUCCAGGUGCAUUCGGUGUCACUUUCAGCCGUUGUUGCUAUUUUAUGCUAACCCAGAUGGCACACCUGUAUCUCCAGAAGAUGCUCCAAAGCAGAUUAUUCACUGGUCUCAAUGCAAAGCAGCAGGAGGAAAUGGGGAAGAUUUGGGAUUUGAAAAGCAUUCUGCUCCUAAAUCAGACCUCAUGAAAGAGAAUGGAAUUGGAGACCCGACUAAUCAAAGGAGUAAUAAAAAACUUCAGCCAGAUAAUUCAGCAUUCAGUAGAAGCCAUAUUCAAGCUAGUGGUGGUAGAGGUCCAGCUAAGUUAUGUUACAGUGAUCAAAAGGACAGGCUAAAGGACAUAUCCAGAGAGUGUGCUCAGAAAGCUGCUGAUAUGAAAAACUUCUCAUCUUUACGAAAAGAUGCAGACAGAGGACCAAGAAAGGAGCCUGGGAGACAAAGAGAAGAUUUGAUUGGGGAAGAUCGUUCCAAUGUUAAGCUGGGUUCUCCUCCAGUUGGAAAUGGACUUAGACACUGUGCCGAUCAGCGCAUAUACAGCAGCCAGGGAAGAGGCUCCUAUAAGCAUGACAAUGCACCUCACCAAGCAAAGCUUUCUGUACAGGUGCUUGGAUCAAAUAAACCAGAAGCUUUUCCUGCUGGGGAGAAACCAACGAUCAGGACCCGAACUGAUGGUGUCACGGGCUAUGAGACAGACACCAGUCAAGACUCUAGGGACAAAGGAAGUAUCAUCAGCAGCAGAAGCAGAAGUAAAGGUUGGAAACCUAUGCGGGAGACACUAAAUGUAGACAGCAUUUUCAGUGAGACCGAGAAAAAACAGCAUAGCCCAAAGCACAAGGCAAAUCCGAACAGUAAAUCUAAGCAUGAAAAAGAGCGAAGCUUUAACCAUUGGCCAAAAGAGAACCAAAUCCAGAAAGGUUUAAUGACUAUAUAUGAAGAUGAAACAAAACAGGAUACAGGAAGUCGAAGUUCACUGGACUCAGAGGGAAAGGGGAAUGCUGAAAAAAGCAAAGGGUUUACAGAGAGAAAAAUCCAUGGUGAUAACUGGCAAAUUCAGAGGACAGAAUCUGGAUAUGAAAGCAGUGAUCAUAUCAGCAAUGGAUCUGCAAAUCCGGACUCGCCUGUUAUUGAAGGAAUCAAUCCAGCAGAUGUGAAGAAUGUUAGAGAAAAUGCUUCCUGCAGUGAACAAAACUUGUCUACCAAAAAAGCUGACAACGUGUUACGUUCAGUAUCCCAGCAGAACAGAAACUUUUAUGACUUAAGGAAAGACCAGAUGAAUUCAGAAGUUAACUACAGACCUCAUGUUAAUUUCCCUACAGAACUACAUUUGCAGGUGCCCAGUCCUCCAGUAAAGAGGGCUGAAAUGCCUGAGACCACUAGGAAAGUUCUCCAGUCAUCAGCUCUGCAGCCAGUUCUUAAAGACAUUGGUAAGUCAGAAAGUAGGAACAAGGCAAAUGAACAGAAUUCUUCAGAGUGGCUUAAUCCAGACAAGUUUGAGAAGAUGAAUGUGUCAGUAUAUUGUGGUGAUGAUGUAUCCCACCCCUAUACAGAAAAUGCCUGUGGAAAGAAGCUGAUCAACAAUGACUUUCACUCCUCUUCCCAGCCACAGUCUCAUCACACAAGAACGUUUGGUCCCAAGGUGGGGUUGUCACCUUGUGUGCCACAGAACCUGUCAGAAAGGCCUAUGGUGCUUCCCCCUCCCGGUGAGCAUGCCGGGCACCCACUCCGAAGGGCAGAUGCUCUUUGGGUGCCUGAAGCAGUGUACCAGAAUCUUCCUCCCCCUUUACCACGGAAGAAAUAUGCUCUGAAUGCUUUUCCAGGAUCAGAAAAUAACUCUGCAGCUGAUGUAAAAUCGACAGAAGUGUUGCAAAAUAAUCCAUUAAGGCAAACAGGUACACCUUUAAAAUCUGCAUCAGAAGCAAGUGUAUUUACAAACGAACAAAGGCUUAAAGAGCCGUUUCAAGGGAAUGAACUGUUUGUUCAUAAACCGGAUUCUCCACCUCGCUUAUCAGUUAAUGACUUUUGGACUGUGUCUGAAAACUUUCUAAAGAAAGGAUCUCGUCAUACGGGACUGAGUGCUGGCUAUGUGGAUGGCAAUGAUAGUGUAUCCUUAACAACUUAUUUUUCAGUAGAUAGCUGUAUGACUGACACAUACAGGAUGAAAUAUCAUCAGAGGCCCAAGCUGUAUUUUACAGAUAGUGGAAGCUUUCACAAAGAAAAGCAUCCUCCAUCAGCUGGAGAACUGAAUGCUACAUACCAUGCUACUCUUGAGCCCAGGCACCCCACACCCGAGCAAAGGUACGAGGCAAAUGUAGAAGGCAUACACUACAGUAGAUAGAUUCUUAAAAAAAAAUAAAAUCUGAAUCUGACUUUUGCAUUUCAUGUAGUCUGUAAAUGGGCACAAACCUUCAGUCUCCGUGUGUGUGAUAACUAGGUACCCAGUUGGCUGUACUUAGGAGUUAUGACUGUUUAAAUGCAAAUAGAGGUGAACAGAGGAGAAGAGGUGCUAAACUUCUGGUUCUUCGACUUGUAACUCUAGUUGCCUUAACGCUUACCUCUGUUACUCCGCUCGUCUUCUACAGUUUAUAUUAAAAAUGGUCCCUGUGGGUGUAUGCAUCUUACAGCAGUGGGAUCAACAAGAUGUUACUAAUUUUCUAAGAAGAUUUAACUAGUUGCAGUUUAAAAAGUGUUCCUUCAGACUGUGGUCACUAUAUACUUAGACUAAAGGGAUAAACAUAUUACCAUAUAUAAUGCAGUAAAUGUAGUUAUAAUAAGCAGUAUUUGUCCUGAUAGGUAGCAGGAGGUGACAUUGUUUUUUUCAACUGACUUCUCAGAGUCUGUGCUUUCACAAACCUUCAAGUGUCUUUAAUACAAGUUUACCCAGAGAAUUUCUAACUUUUUUAUUGAAAAGCCUUAAUAAUAAUAAUUCUUUAAAAACGGUUCUGGUUUGCAAGAGUUAAAGUAAGAUUUUUCAAAGGGAAUUCAAAUAAAAUGCAGUAAUAGACUGCCCUAUUAAUAUACCUGCUCAAUGUUAGUGUACACUUUUAAACACGUUUAUCAGAUUUGUUCACCCUAUAAGCUAUAUACUUUAUUAAAAUUAAAUUUAGCCAUAUAAGCUACAAACUGACAUAGCAGAAUAGGAUGCUGAUUUUAAAAUACAGUUUUGCAACUAUGAAAUAUUAGUUUUGUAAGGUUUUAGAUAUAUUUACUGCUUAGUUCUGAUUUAUUCUACAAUUGCAUGCAAAGUCAAUGCUGCUAUUUAUUGAACUUCCUGUCUUUUUUCAGCUUGAUGUUUUGAGCAAAGUUUAAUGGGGAUCAGACAUUGGAUUUUACUGAUGUUUUUUCCUCUUGGGAGCAGUCUUACCCUCUAUUAGCAGAUCAGGCUGACUGAACCUGCAGCCAUUCAGGCUGCAGUGGCACAAAAAGAAGAGGUUCCUUUCCUUUCUCUGCUCUGGCACUCUGCCCUGCAGUUUUGGCAGCUCUGGCAUUUACCACGUCUUUUGUUAAUGUGACUUAUUUCAGUAACAAAGAGGAGGAUUUAUUUGACUUCUAUUUGGUUAGUUAAAUCAGUGCACAGAACUGUCUAGCAGCAUGUGGCCCAGUAAGGGCUGUGGUGGAAAGAAGGGCCAACAGAAUUUCGCCCUGAUGGCAGCCCCGAGUGUUUGAAAUGACCCCACUGCAUCUUGCAGUAUCAGAGGCAGGGUCUUAGGAGUUCUGUUUCAGGCUUAUUGUAACGUUGAACCAUGUAUAAUUUGGAAUUGAUGUCAGCAAAGCCUGACACAAUCCAAAAAGGCUAAAUUUUCCCAUUAUUCAUAUUAAAAUGCUAAGUUGGGGUGCUGCUGAUUCCAUCUAAACAUCAAUGCCUUGUAGUUAUGAAAAUAAUGCAAGGUUAAAUAUGCAUAAUAAACACUUGCUUAUACUUGCACUGUUAGUCAGAAAGGCUUUUUUAUGUUUAUAAACCUUAUGUGAGUUUUAGCACUUCAACCAAACAUUGGCAAUUGUUUAGCACAAUUAUCUAAGGUAGCCAUUUAAACAGUAGUUUUGGUUAUUCUGUGUCAAGGUCAAGUGUUGGUUUGUGGUUUUUUUAAACUACAUGUAACUUACAGUAGAACUGGAACAUGAUAUAUGCAACAAACCAGGUAUCUCAGAUUAAUCUUAUUUCUACUUUCUUGAUCAAAAUUUGUUGUAGCACUUGGAAAAAAAAUGAAAUCUAGAAUUUGUACUGCAAAUAAUUAUGCAUGUUUAGGUAUGGCUGCUGGUAAACAGCAACUUACAAGAAUUAAUUACCCUUUUGUAAGAAAAUCAGUUGAAUACAGAAAAAGAACCCUGAAAAUAUAAGAACUUGGAAAAUUCCUAACUGUAAUACUUUUGAGAGAGAUUUCAGAACCUGUAAAUUAAACUUUUCUAGUUCAUCUAGCAAUGUUACAGAAUAUACAUAGCCAGUUAAGUAAAAUUGCCAUCUAAUACUUGUGUAAAAACAAAAUUAUUGGAUUCUGUAAAUAAUGUAUAAUUUGUAAAGUGUUUUGCAAAAAUCUUGUAUUUGAAAUGACAGUAUUUUUAUGUAUGAAUAGCACAGCAACAACUGUGAAUGAUGUUAGAACACUUAUUUUUAAACAUGCAUAGUAACGUUCAUACUUCUGUACAAUGAGCAAUAUGAAUGCCUAUUACUGAUACCAAUGAAUUUGGCUUCCAGUAAGCACAACUGGUAGUUAUUUUUUAAAGUCACUGCAGUAAUUUAGAUACCCUUCAGUCUCCUUGCUUGGCUUGAAACAAUCUUACCAGACAACCUUCUAUGUGACCCAUGUUUACCAGGUAUUUAAUUAUAGUAAACAGACAGCUAAUCAAGGCACCAUUGUUUUUGUAUUUGACUCUGCACUCCAUGUAUGUAUGUACGUAAUAGUUGCUAACUAAUAUGUGAUAACUUGUUUUAACUUACCUAGGGUGCCUAUUUAUUUUUUUUAUAAAUGUUCCCUUCUGGCUAUAGAUUUGUAUAAGAGCCUAGACAAUUUUUGUAACAGUAAAGACAUUAACAAGUCUUGUAAUUAAUAUAUUUUUCAGUCUUUAGAAUUAUUUUCUUGCAGAGUUCUGCUUGUUCAAACUAUCAGAUAAAAAUUUCAAAUACCUUUGUCUUCUGUUGUUUUUGUAGUCUGUAUUUUUCUUAAAAAAAAACAAACAACACACACCUUAAAAAAUUGGCUUUCCAGAACUAUGUUUUUAAACAGUUUUAAUACUGCUACUGAAAGUUUUGCAGAUAUGGUGGUUCAUUUAACCUUUUUUGAACAGUAAAAUUCAUCUUCUGAAAUACGUGUUUAUAAAGCUGUUAAAUCUGAUUGGCUUUCUAAAGACCUAUGAAAUGCUAAAGCAAUUUUAAUGCCAUAAUCCCACAGACUUGAUGACAGUUAAUUGAUCAGUUACUCCAGCAGUCUUUCUACCUGACUAGCUUUGCUCUAUUAGGUAUAAGUGAAGUUUGCCUCAAUAAACAUAUUUGCAUGCUCCAGGAGGGGGAGUGUACGGAAUAGCUUGAGCCCAAUGCAUCACAAGCCUGCACUUUGUUAGCUUUAAGUUUUCCAAGAUAAGUAAAAGCUUGUAGGCCAGAUCUGGCUGAAGGAGAAAACCAGAUUACUAGAAGAUACCUUGAAAUUUCAUGUAACUUUCUAAAGGCUAUUAAGACUUAUUCUCGCCUGUCUUCCUUACCAAAAGAGAAAUGGAACAACAUUCAGCACUUCCCUAACAGAUUGUUCCCUUGAGAAUUCCCUAGUGAAAUGUUGGGGGGGGUGGGAAGUAAUGAGCUUGUCUUUUUAAUAGCUUCAUUUGAAAAACUGGAAACCCCAUUUUUCUCUUUGUGCAGAUGCAGUCACCGUUCAGUGCUCUUCUGCACUGUGAGUCAACUCUGAAACCACUGACUUAUUUCAUAGGUACCAGCAGCCAAGAUCAUAAAUGCUGGCAGGUAAAGGCAUCUCAGUUCUUAAAGCAUAGGUCUGAUAGAUAAAGAAAGCCACUGUCAGUAGAAGAAUUGUCUUUAACAGUGGAAGAAAAUUUAAGGGGAAGAAAGCAUAUGCUCACUUUUGCAUCCCAAAUCCUACUUAACCUGAUGGUAACCUGUUCUCAUUUAAUGUGUUAGAAGACACUGAAACACUCUACACUUCAAAGUCUCUGAGAUCUAGUUAUUUUAUUUAUUCCUGAAAAAAAACCCCAGUAAAAAUGAACUAUACUCCUCAGAAUUAGAAACUGUUAUUCACAAGGGAAAAAUACUCAAGAAAACUCAACCCUUUUCAUCCAUAGUUGAAGACUGUCUUCCCCAAAAGCUGAUCAGGUAAAAAGCCUACUCCAUGUACUUGGCUUCCUUUUCUUUCUCCUGAAAAUACAGGAGGCUCUUUGAUUUAACACCACUUUGAAAGUCUCCCUGUAGCGAGACAGAGAGAAUCUUGAUGGGGCACAUGGAAGUUGAAGCCUGUUACUUACCUAUUGCUGUCUAUUUACAGUCAUCCAUGGAAGGGAUAUGGAAGAGGGUAUUCCACAUGUAACCUGCUGGCUACCCAAGGUGGCUGUUCUUGUAAGCUCGCUCCUUCACUGCUUAUAGCAAGGAAAUUGGAAUCUGUUUAAUCUAAAUCAGUGAGGACAGUAGGCUGCUACUGCUGUUUCACUGGCACGUUUCAGAAGGCACAGUAACUGCUGAAGCUAGAAUCUCAUGCACACUGUGGAAUAGAGAAAGGCGUAAGAGAAAACCAAACAGCAUCAAACCUUCAUGAUUAACUUCUUGAAAGCAAAACAGCUGAUUAACCUUCAUGUAUUGAGGGAAAAGGUCCGAGUUACAAUUUCAGUCUAUAUAGGAGCUGGAUUUUGUUCUCAGUCACUCUGCAGUCUGUCCUUUCAGUUGAUUUUAUUCAAACAGUACGUACUUUCAUUUCUGCAUAACAAACCUUUAGGCGCUAGUUACAAAAGCACAGUCAAGCUGUCUUACGUGACCUUUAAGGCACUGUUUAGAACACAGAAAACAUGAUACAGGUAAAAACCUGAACGGUAAUACUUGUGAUACAGCCAGAGGGAUAUUAUGAUAUAGUGUAUAUAUGUGUCUCUUGCAUUCAGAUGCAAGUGGAGUCGUGUUCCCAGUUGUUUAUGCUGCACAAUGGUCCUCCUCUUCCGCUGCUUGCUUUCAUAAGGUGCAUCCUGUGAUUAGAUAGUGGCUCUACAGAGAACAGAAAAAGUCCGGUUACUUAUGCAGUGCCAUACAGUCCUUUGG